AAGGAAAACAUUAGUUCCUUGCUAGCAUUCAAAAGAAAAGAACUGAUUAGCGAAACAUAUAUAAAAAGCAAUAAUGAAAAUUUUGAUUCUAUGCAUUAUAUACUAUCUUGUGCCUAACGUUUUGAGUGAAUGCAUUUUAGAAAUUCCGGCUAAUAAAGAGAUUGCUCCUGUAUGGAAAAAGAAAAUUGGUAGCCAUUUGUUUAAAAUUCCUCAUAUAACCAAUCGUUUGAAAUUGCAAGACGGUGAAAUCAUUCAUGGAUAUUGUGCCACUAAAUUUAAAAAUAUCCGAUAUAAUAUUCAACACGAAAUUGACUUUGAUUGCGACGACUAUGAUUAUGGGUGCAAAGCGAAUCAGAUGUACAUAGAAACAAGAGAUGAAGAAAUAAGUGGCAAAAAUGUAACGAUUAAAUGUUCUAACGAUUCCUUAACAUAUGAGUCGCGUCUAUUAGAAUACGUAUCCGCAAUAGAGUGCAAUGACGUUAAAUGGAUAGUAAAUGUGAAAUCAGUGCAAAAUAGCGAAACGGAAACUUCUUGGUGCAAAGAAAAUCAUCAAAUACUUGAGUUGUCCGUCACCAAUACCGACCAACAUCAUACUUUAGCUCACAUUUGCUACGAUUUGGAAGACUUUUCAUUACAAAGCCUUAAAUAUAAAACAAUUAAACGUACGACUGAACCUUGGAAUCCGAAUAAAUUUUUACCUGUGGUUUUAGAUGAUUUACCCGAAGCGAGCACAUUAUCAAGCGAAGUUAAAUUUCCAUAUGAAACGGUUCUUCACACCGAAAAUGACGUCUUACAACAUUAUCUUGAAAGAUUGGGUGAGAAAAACCCCUGGUUAAAGUUGGCCCAUUACGAAUACGCUAACAUUAUUCAAAGCAGUCCGUUCAUAAAGCAAUUCAAUCAAUAUUAUCAACUGCUAGACAUUUUAUGGUGGCGUAACUUACGCGUAACAAAUUGGCAACGCUUCUUGAACGCUUUAGAAGAGCACAUAACUGUAUACAGUUAUACAAUAUAUAUGGGGGUAGCGGGUACGGUGCAGAUACCGCUCUGGUCAAAUCCAGACGAAUUUCAAUAUUUGCAAGUUCAAAAUGGUUACGUGAAUACAACAGUGCCUCAAUACAUUUGGAUGUAUUUAGAAUCAAGCGAUGACAAAAAUCCGGAUGUGUAUGUCUUCGGUUAUAAUUCGCCUUACGCUGAGUUUUUCCAUUCUAAAGAAGUACAAUUUUGCUCGGAUACAUGCAGCGAUUUUGAUUGGCUGAAAAAUGUUCGGUCCUCCUUUCACUAUGAUAAUUUCGGCAUUGUGUUCUGCUGCUCACCGGAAUCAGUAAAAAUGUCUGCGUAUGGAGGAAAGUUACCCUACAAAUUAUCAUCUUCUGCCUUAGAUGAAGCUGCAAAUAUUUCCAGGCAAGAGGAAAAAGUAAUAAAGUUAGAAGAAAGAGAAGAAACAGUGGAAAGCACAGAGAAGGCAGAAGUUGUAGAAAAAUCGGUAAAACUAGAAGAACCGACGACACCGCAUAAAUUAUCAACUUCUGUCUUAGACAUUCCAGAGAAUUAUGUAACUGCUUCUAUGGAAGAGGAAAUAAUAAAGAGGGUAAAAGAAUUAGAGGAAAUAACGGCAACGAGUAGUGAAUUAGAAGAACGCCAGGCAUUCGAAAAUUUUGUUUUUGCUCGACGUAUUUCAGCUGCUGAUUGGAGUGCAGAGAGUUUGGGUUAUCAUUAAAUAAAAUAAUUUGUCCUGACGCCUUCUCAAUAUUUUUAUAAAAAUUAAACGAUGUCGAUAGUCUAAGCUGCUAAUGCCAAUCCUAUUGUUUUUGUCCUAGAAAUUGUUUAUUCAGUGUAAAUGUAUAAUGAUAAUAAUAGUAAGCAAUGCCAACAUCAACGCGUGCUUUAUAGCCUGCUUCGUACGCAAACUAAUUUCGAUAUCAGACCGGAUAAGUUCAACUAAAGUGAUCUUAAAGCAUGCCUAACAUUCUUAAGCGAGCCAUGUUACGUUUGCAUUUAUUUAAGGUACGUCUUCAACUUGUCUGUGUAUAGCUUAUAUUAUUGGCUAUCAUCAAUGUGAUUAAAGUUUUUUUUUUACAUUUUAAGCCUUUUUUCCCAAUUGUU